UAUUGCCGAACAACCAUGAGCUCCCAAAUGCCUCAGAAUUAUCCCACCGACGUGGAGGCUGCGGUCAACCGCCUGGCCAGCCUGCAUCUGCGGGCCUCCCACACCUACCUCUCUCUGGGCUUCUAUUUCGACCGUGAAGAUGUGGCUCUCGAGGGCCUGGGCUGCUUCUUCUGCGAGUUGGCAGAGAAAAAGAGGGAGGGCUCUGAGCGUCUCUUAAAGAUACAAAACCAGCUCCGUGGCCGCAUUCUCUCCAGGACGUGCUGCAGCCUCCCCAAGACCGAGCCUUUUCCUCAGAUAAUCAGCAACCCCAAGGCAGCAGAAGACAAUAGCCUGGAGCUGACAAAUGGUCACACUGCCCUACCUCUGGAAGGCUAAAGAUAACAUCUUGACCUCAGUUAUGCUUCAGUUCCAGAGCCCUAUGGUGGGCCCACCACUUUCCCAUGAAACCA